AUGGUUCUGAGGAUGAGCAGAGAGGAAUCCUUAAAAGAGAGGGCAGAAGCCAGGCAUACUCACUUACAAGUUCAUAGUCAAACACCACUUUGCUUCCGGCCUACGCAACCCGACAGCUCGACAGGCGAGAACUCAAAGUCGGACACCAAAGCGAAACGCCUUACUUUCACAGUAUUAGCAAAACAGGUAAUGCUGGCAGCCGGUGCCGAUUUACAUUGCGUACAUAUUCGCUUUUGUAUGCACUGGAUUGGGGCCGAUAAACGGUUGUGGAAAAAUAGAUUUAGUUUCCAAGGCGGCGGAGGGCGCAAAGAAAGAGUGAGCUUUUGUGUACUUGUGCGUGUGUGUGUGAGAGAGAGAUAUAUAGAGAGAGGAAGAGAUGACAAAAUGUCAAAAAGCCGAACCUGUUGGGGGCCUUUGAGAUGCAAAAUCCUCUUCAGCAGACCUUUCAUUCUUUCUCUCGAGGCAAUGUCUGCGAAGGAUGGUCUAUCACAAGAGAAGGCAUGUCAGGCAACGGUUCGUUGCUGGGCCAGUCCACCGAAGCCCCUCGAUGGAGAUCUACCGCAAGGUGUCCCUUUGCUUUAG